GGGUGGUGGUCGUACGCGGGGUUCUCCGCCCCGGCCGAUCGUCGUAGAUCAUGAACGGGUGGCCCGGGCUGAGGACGGACUGCGAGGCGUUGCUUACUCGGUUCCAGCAAGCCGAGAGCGUCCGCUUUGAAGAUUUCGCUUUGCUUUGGAGGCAGAACCGCUUUCACACCAUUUUUUAUGGUAAAAUAAGGACUCCAGAGCAAAUCAAGUUCACUAAAGAAGCUUUAGCCCUGGUAUGGCCCUACUUUUUGCCUCCUUACACUUUCCAGAUCCGAGUUGGUGCUCUUUAUCUUCUGUAUGGUUUGUACAACACACAACUAUGUAAACCAAAACAAAAGAUUAGGGUUGCACUUAAAGAUUGGGCUGAAGUCAGUAAAUUCAAGCAGGAACUUUUAGAUGCACAGCACUAUGAUGCAGCAUAUAUCUUCAGGAACCUUCGGAUGGACAAAGCAUUCUAUUUCACAGCAAUGCCCAAAUUUCUCUCAUUUAGGACUAAAAAGAACAUGCAUGAAAAUACUGAGAUGAAGAGGGAAUUCAGAGAUCCUACUGAUCGUGUUGCCAUGGUUUGCCAUGAAAAUUUCUUGGAGGAAACAAAAAAUAUUCAUGAGCACUACCAAAGAAUGAAAUGUCUGAUCUCUAUGGACCAAAGUCAGCCAGAUAAGGCUAUCAGUUUGAUUAAAGAUGACUUCAUAGCCAAGUUCCAAGAUACCAUUCUGGAUUAUCAACAGUGGCAGAAAAAGAAAAUGGAAUCGCCCUUAUCUACUGUGGGUGACAAAAUGAGGAAUAGAAAAGAAGGUUGUUCCCAAGAGUCUGAAGGAUCUGGCAGAGCUAAAACAUUAGCUGACAUCAAAUCCAGAUCAUAUUCUUCAGUUGCUCAGGCUUCAAAGUCCAGACGACAUCGCCAAGUUAAGCUGGAAUCUUCUGAAUUGGGAUCAAAUCGUGGGAGACAGCCUAGGGAUAGAAGGGUCAGGAAAUGUUUACCAACGGCAAAGAAGGCAGAACAUCUGCAAAACAGAGGAACAUUGCUAGUGACCGCACAGGAAAAUACUGAGAGACUAAAUAUGCCUGUGAUUGGAGAUGAUGAUGGUGAUGAAGAACAAGAAAAUGAUCACUCAAGUGACGAAGAUUUCAUACCCACAAAGAGGAAAAGGACUCAUUAAAAGUGCAUCAUAAGGAAAAUGGUGAUAACGUAAAUCAUCUGUGUGAAUGAACAGUGUUUCCCAGCCAGGGAUGAGGCAAUCUGAGUGACCCAAUGCUAAGUGGACCACUGUUGUUAGAGUUAAGCAGAAAAGACAUUCUAUAAAUGCUGAUAAGCAUUGCAUAUAAUUUACUUCAUAGAAGAUAAUGGAUUCUUUAUUCAUAUUUAAAAUAGAUUUUGGUAAAAGCUUGUUUCAUUUUAAAAAGUCUUUAGCCACAUUAAUUACAUGGAAGAAGAAACUUCUUGUACUGUAACAGAUUUGUAAAUGCAGUGCAUAUGUAUAGUUCAGUGUUUUAUGUACCUAUAUUAUUCCUGCUUCCGUUAGUUUAUUUGUAAUUUUGAUAGCUAAGUUAUUGUUAGGAGAAGUUGGAAAGAAAUAACAUUCUGAUGAAUCGGGGGAGUUAACAUUUUUGUCCUGUUGAAGGUUAUGAAUUGCAUCUCUGCUUCUUUUUCUACAAAACUCUCUGGACUGAACUAUUAUGAGACCAAAAGAUCCCUAUGAAAAUGUAAUGUGAAUCUAGAUUUGUGUCACAAAGGAGAAGAUAGAACACCAGAUGCUUCCCAGCUUAAACUAAGGGUUGAAAUUUACAGGCAGGCUGUGAUGUGUUAUAAGAAGUUGAAAUAAAUCAUGCUUUUGUA